AUGGAACGAUCAACAACGAUUUCGUCGACAAAUAAUGAACAAGACGAUCCAUGCGAAGGUCAUCCAUUCUUUACACCCGAUUUAGAUUAUCGUACUGCUCCUACCACCGUCACAUUAGAUAACCGCAACGCUUAUUGCCCACGAACAAUUACACCCUCCAAUAUCGCACGUGUCACAGUUUUACCUGUAUUUCGUCCAUCUUCCUCUUUAGCUCUGCCAUUAUCAGCGGAACCGAAUAACUCAUUAUCAAAUGAUACUAUUGAUAUUCAACCACCAUUACUCCUAUGUAAUGUCCCAAAAGAAGAAUUAAGUCAAUUCCAAUUGACUCACCGUGAACCAUAUGUUUAUUUAUCAUCAUUUGAGCUAAUUGAAAAGAAUUUUGAAUUCAUGACUCGAAAUACGGAUUCGUUUCUGAUUUCAGUCUAUCGACAAUUAUUACAGGAUGUAUCAUUAAAAUGGAACAUUAGCAUACCUCUCUUAGAUUAUAAUUUGGAACGAUUUCGUCAAUGUGCCAAAAAAUGUCUUGAACAAUUACAGCAACAACAACGAAAGGAACAACUCCAAUUAGUUCCUCAUCUACCGACAAAGGCAACAUUUUCACUCGAAGAAUUGCCAUUGAUUCUAGAAUUUUAUUUACAGAUAGACGUGGAAGAAACAAUCUUUUGUUCGAAACGACCUGAAAUUCAUUAUUGUUUACAAGUAUGUGAUAGAUUAGAUUGUUCUUGUUGUCAUCCAUUAUAUCCACGUCUCUAUCCCGAACAAACACCAGCGAUUCUAUUUAAUUGGAAAGAGAAGUAUCAAUUUCUGAAUGGUUACCAAACCAUACUCAAUUGCCCGGCCACUUGUGAAACUAGCAAUAUUAUCUAUGCAUUGACAUGUCCUUGUGAACGAUUUGAUUAUGUUGGUGCGACGAUGGAAUCUAAUCCUUCUAAAAUGGCUGGUGCUACUUAUGAUACUGAAGAGCAAAGAAUUAUCGAUAGAAUCAAAUGCCUUGCUUUUCGUGAAGCUCGAGAUGCUGCUGCAACGUUCAUUAAUCGACAUUGGGUUGCGGAAAAAGUUCAUCGUUCGAUUCAAUUUGUCACUGACUGGUGGCAAAAAUCUUAUGACCAAUGUUUUGCUGAUUAUUCAAAUGGUGGUCGAAAGCUUAAAUUAUCACAAGCAAGUCAAGACAUCAUUCUGAAGGCGAGUGGUCAACAAAGAAAAAGUUGUUCUGUUAUGGGGAAGGAAAUUGCAGAAAAACAAAAGGAAUAUAUGUCACUGGAAGAACAAUUAAUAAUUAGCGUCACAGAGCGAAGAAUUGAAACCAUUUCAUGUUAUUGCAUAACCGCUUAA